UUAUUGAGUAAAGUUAGGAGCUUUAGAAAAACUUUUAGAUGUAUUAAUGCAUUAUAUUUUAGAUAAAAAAAUAAAUAUCAGGAUCGAUUUGCAAAGAUUUGUGAUAAGUGUGUGGUAAAAGGUUUGGAGUUUAAAGUUUCCAUUAAAAGACUUAUAUACUAUUCAAGAUGAAGCUGUUUUUUGCUUUGGUUUUGUUUGCGCUGUUUACUGUCGAUCAAUCAAUCGCAAAUGUUAAAAAUAACAAAAAGCUCAUCAGAGUGACAUUAGCCGUGGAAUUUGUUGCUAUUGGAAAACCAAAUCCUCCUCCGCAGACGUUCUUUAUUCAAAAAGGCACAUAUGCGAUUGACGCGUUUCUUAAGAAAAACAGCACCCAAUGCUACAACAUAGUGUAUACUGUGUCCAAAUUCGGUGCAUAUAUCACAACGGUGUGUGAUGUGAAACAAACAGCGAAUGAUCUUUGGUUUUUCUAUAUAAAUAAUAAGGAAUCACCAGUUGGAGUGUCCUGCUACGAGGUUAAGAAUAAUGACAAGUUAACCUUAUCAUACGAAACCUACCCGGAAAGUCAAGCCCAUGAUGAAUUAUAAGAAUUUGUAAACUCAUGGUGCAGCUUUACUUGUAUUACUAAUUAUAUUUUUAUUUACUCACUUUUUGUACUUUCGUUUUAAACCCAAAAAAAUUGGAUCAUCCA